AUGAUUAGAUCGACAAAGCCAAAAAAUGCACGUGCUAAACGUGCUCUAGAAAAGAAAGAGUCUAAGAUAGUGGAAAAUACGAAAACUGCACUCUUCAUUCCAGGAAAUUCCUCAAACCAAGCAUUGCAUGAUAUUACGGUUGACUUAGGUUCGAUGAAGAAACCAUACAUCAAACGUUUCACCAAAAAGAACAAUAUCUUACCAUUUGAAGAAGCCUCAAGUAUUGAAUUCUUAAGUGAAAAAAAUGAUGCAUCAAUAGUUGUGCUAUCUACCAACAAUAAGAAAAGACCAAACAAUUUAACCUUCAUCAGAACUUUUGAUUAUAAAGUAUAUGAUAUGAUUGAGUUACAAGUAUUAUCUGAUUUUAAACUUUUCAAGGACUUUAAGAAAAUGACUUUUCAGGUUGGUCUAAGACCUUUAUUUUCAUUCCAAGGUCAUAUUUUUGAUAUAAAUCCAACUUUCAUCCAUGUUAAAUCUUUGUUCUUGGAUAUGUUUCAUGGUGAGACUUCUAAUUUACAAGACGUUGCUGGGCUACAAUAUGUGAUCUCUGUAUCUGCCAUUGAGGAAGAUGAUAAUGACACGGCUAUCUCUAAAUUGCCAUUAGUCUACUUUAGAGUAUAUAAACUUAAAACUCUAAAAUCAAAUGAACCUAAAUUGGCAAGAAUUGAGCUAGAGGAAACCGGUCCAAGAAUUAAUUUUAAGAUUGGCAGAGUUCAUUCAGCUGAUCCUGAAAUGGAGAAGGAGGCAUUGAAAGUUCCAAAGCAACUGCAACCAAAAGAGAGAAAGAAUAUUCAAACGGACUCUAUGGGUGAUCAAGUUGCCAAAAUUCAUGUUGGUAAGCAGGAUUUGAGCAGAUUGCAAACAAGAAAGAUGAAGGGGUUGAAGAGUAGGUUUGAUCAGGAUGUUUCUGAUGAUGAUUUGGAAGAAGGUGAAAGUAAUGAAGAUUUUGCUGAUUCGGUAAGCGAUGAUGAUGAGCCUUCCCAAAAGAAAAGAAAAUUAUAG